AUGGCCUCGAAUCCCGGUAAUGGCAGCAGUCCCGACAACCCUGGCGGCUUCAAGGGCAAUGACCCCAAUCAGAGGACGCUGAACGUCUGGUCCAAGCCCAUCGACGAAAAGGACCAGCAGGCGGCAGGCGGCAACGGCCAGCGACCGACUAUCACCGACGCCGUGGGCAUGAUCAAGCCUGAGGACUUUGCCAACGUUGCUGAGACGCCGUGUGCGCGCAACGGCUUUCUCACUGGUAUUGGUGCUGGUUUCGGAGCAGGCGGUCUGCGUUUUGUCGUUGGUGGCAACAUUGGCAAGGCCACCAACUUUGCUGCCGGCUUCUUUAUCCUAGGAAGCGUAGCCUCGUACGAAUACUGCCAGUACCUCCGACGAUGCGAGAAACGCGACAUGAAGCGACAUAUCGAGGUUGUCAACAGGAGCCGAAGAGAGCAGGCGCAGAAGCAGGCCGAAGAGCAGAAGAAGCAGAUGGAGGAGAAGAAGGCCCAAAAAUCCUGGUACAAGUUCUGGUAG